UAACAAGAGAAGAUGAAACAGAGAGAAUUCAAACGGCUACUGUGGUCAUUUAUUUUGAAAGCGCCCGCCGGAAGCUGUGUGUAGCAUUUUAGCUAGCUCCGCUCUCGGUGCUCGUCAGUCGCAGGACCGGAGCGAUGCUCGUCGUGUGACCGCGGACCUCCACCCUCAGACCGGACCCCCUCUGGAACCAGGUCCGGGUGAGUCCAGAUGAAUGUGACACCGGACCCGGAGCGGAACCACCGGUACCGGUCACCGCGUCUCCCCGUCCCCGGGUCCACUGAGGGCGGUGAUUAAAACCAGACGAGAGCCAUGGUGACCAAGAAAAUCCGGACGGAGUAUAUGAAGAAGUUCAAGGAUCCCAGGUGGGAGACGUUCUCCAAAUGCUACGAGGACUCCCUGAAGUACCGUCUGACCCGGCGGGUGAUGGAGCAUUCCCACAAGCCCUGGUUCUGGGAGGGCUGGGACAGCGGCUCCGACUCCAGCGGCUGGUCCACACCCAGGCUGAUCAGGAACAAAGUGGCCCCCCUGUCCCUCCCACCCCCGCCGACAUCCUCGGAGCUGAAGCAGAGGUUGUGCGAGCUGAGGACGAGCCCCGGCCCGGAGCCGCCGUCCGAGGAGGCGGAGCCGGGAGCUGGAGAGGCCGGAGACGCUGCACCCAACACGGCGGCGCUUGUAGAAAACGGCGUGAAUGAAGCCGGCGAAGGUUCAGUGAAGCCGGUUCCAAACACCAGCAGCCCCUCAGAGGACACCGCAACAGACAACGGCCCGGCGGACACGGCGUCUUCUGAUGGGGAGCCAGUGAACCCGUUACCUAAACGCCGUCACCGCAGACGCACCCCUCACACUGAGCCGGGACGCCGGGACAGUUCCACUGACGAUAAACAGGCCGUUGUCCGAAAAGCGCCGAGAGCAAAGAGCCAGCCUCCGAUCAGCACCAAGGAGAACCGGAGACCGUCCAGCCGCCUGGACUGGACCGAGAGACGGACGGAGGUCAGGACGACGACCAAUGACAGUCAGACCCGGCGGGAGUCCGACAAACGGAGCAACAACGUGGAGCGGCGGCGGGCUCGCUCGGCCGACCUGGACAAGGUGAGGCGGUCGCAGCUGACGGUGGUGGACGACCGCUGGAUGACGGAGUACAUGAGCUGCUUCUCUGCCCGGCUGAGGUAGAGACGGGACCCGCCCCCGGAAACCACGUUUCCUUAGCAGAGCGCCGACAUCAGACAAACUGAACCGUGUUUGUGUCGUUACCGUCCGUCGCACUAAAACGCUGCUUUUCAUAACAACAGAAACAUAAAGUCAAGACGUGGGAAAAACUCGUAAUGUAGAAUUCAGCUUUUUUAUGCAGCGGCUCAUGAGAAAACAGCUCCCUCAGAACAGGUUAUGGUUUUGAAUCCCGGGGAGCUGAUCCCACGUCAGUCCAAACAUCAGACGGUUAACUCUUAAUAAGCUUUUAUAUCUAAAUAGAAAUACCCCCCCACGUCACUGUUUGAAUGUAUUUUACUUUCUGAGCAUGAAACACUGGACUUCACUUCACACACAGCCAGUGUUUUUCAUUUCUCUGUGGCAGCUCUGUGUUCAAAACAACUGGAAUAUUUUUGAUAUCUUGAGUAUUUUGGAAUCUGACGUUUACAUAAAGGAGAAUAAGCUUUCUGCUGGAUGGUUGAACAGACAAAUAGAAACAAAGUGUGUCCAGCGAAAUUAGUAUUUGAGGUAUUUUCAGAGUAAAACUUAUAUUUAAGACGUGUUCGCUUUAUACUCGUCUCAGUUGAUCAAUGAAAUGCACGUAGUUCAAACCACUGGACUGUUAAUUAGCCUGCGAUGCUAACGUGGUGCUUUUCUGUUCACGGCAGCGCGAAACGUUUUUAUUUAUUAUGCAAAAUUUUUACGUUGAAUUUAAAAGUUUGAGACGUUUGGGAUUUAAUGAAGGUUUUUAAAUAACGAAUGUGUGACAUUAAAAAAAACUGAAUUAUCUUGUCAAAGACAAAUUCAGAAAUGUAUUUUCAGGGUUCAGGGUUUUCUGCAGAAUCCAACGUGAUGAAAAACACCAGAGGACAAAGAUGAGAAGAAGUUUGUUAAAGUAUUAGACGAUCGUGGUUAAUCUUCUUCUCCUGUCGUCCUCUAACAGGACGCUCUGAUUGGUUGGGAUCAACGUGAUUCUUCACCUCAGCUAAACAAACAACGUCUUAUUUUACAGCUCCAGUUUUUUAUUUAUCUAAUAAAAAAAACCCUCUAAUGUUUGUGUAGAAA